CAUGGCCUUUUGAAAGGCCGCCUUUUCCAUUCUUUCGAACGCGCCAGGUCGAUUUUUGAAACCCCCUUUUUCCCUUCCAGCAGCCACCCAGCCGGGUGCGUCUACAACAAUAACAACAUGCCCGAUUCAAUGGAAGCUCCGCUCAUGGACGGUCGUCCAGACCGCGAUGACGAGCUGGACUAUCGCGAGGACGAAGAGGCGGACGUACUCCCUGAGUCUUUCAAGAGCACUCAGUCGAGACCGAGUCUCUUUGUUUGGCUCCUCACGUUUGCUGCCGGCAUCAGCGGCCUGUUGUUUGGAUACGAUACCGGCGUGAUUUCAGCGACGCUUGUUUCCAUCGAUACCUCACUUUCGAACCGAAUCUUGACAUCAUUCGACAAGUCCAUCAUUACCUCCAGCACUGCCUUGUUUGCCUUGCUCGUCUCCCCCUUUUCGUCCGUGGUCGCUGAUGCGCUUGGCCGCAAGCGCGUGAUACUCGUGGCUGAUAUCCUAUUCAUCGUGGGCGCUUUGUUGCAAGCAUGGAGUGGCACGGUGACAACCAUGGUCUUAGGCCGAUCCAUAGUCGGCGCGGCAGUUGGUGCCGCGAGCUUCGUGGUCCCCUUGUACAUCGCCGAACUUGCCCCUGCCAGCCACCGCGGCCGGCUCGUGACUAUGAAUGUUUUGUUCAUCACACUGGGCCAAGUGGUCGCGUACAUCAUUGGAUGGGCCUUUGCGGUCUAUGGCGACAAGUCGACUGGGUGGCGAUGGAUGGUGGGCCUGGGUGCUCUGCCUGCGGGCCUGCAAUGCGCGAUUCUGGUGUUCAUGCCAGAAUCACCCAGGUGGCUUGUCAUGGUAGGCAGGUCGCUGAUGGCGAAGAAGGUUGUUGAGAAGGUUCUCGGUUCAACCGUCGGCGGCAUGAGAGCUGCCGAAUCUGUGGUCAAGGAGAUCGAAAUCGAAAUCCGAGACGAGCGAGAGGUCAUGAGACGGGAGGGAACGCCUCGCCUGGAAUGGUGGGGCGGCUGGAAAGAGCUUUUUGCAGUCCCAAGAAACAAACGCGCGCUGGUUAUCACAUGCCUGCUUCAGGGCCUCCAACAGCUGUGCGGCUUCAACUCGCUCAUGUACUUCUCAGCUACCAUCUUCACGAUGGUUGGCUUCGGAACACCAACGCUUACAUCCCUCAGCGUCGCCGUCACCAACUUCUUGUUCACGGUUGCGGCGCUGUGUCUUAUCGACCGCAUCGGCAGGCGCAAGAUUCUGCUCUACUCCCUGCCAUUCAUGAUUGCCGGCUUGAUGCUGUCAGCAUACGGCUUCUCCUUCGUCGACCUCCGGACCGAGACGGUAGCAGUCACCGAAGCCGGCUCGGCGGCUGGAGCGGGCGGAGACCGUGGAGCCGCAGUGCUGAUUCUAAUCAGCAUCAUGGUGUACGUCGCGUCGUACGCGCUCGGGCUGGGCAAUGUGCCGUGGAUGCAAAGCGAGCUGUUCCCGCUGGCCGUGAGAUCCAUCGGUAGCGGCGUGUCGACGGCGACGAAUUGGGGUGCCAACUUUAUCGUUGGGCUGACCUUCUUGCCACUGAUGGACGCGCUGAGUCCGUCGUGGACGUUCGUGCUGUACGCCCUGGUGUGCAUGGUGGGAUACGGGCUGAUCUGGCGGAUCUAUCCCGAGACAUCGGGACUGAGCCUGGAAGAGGCGACGAAUCUGCUCGAGAACGGCUGGGGGAGAGUAUACACCUCAACGAUCUGCGCUUCUCUCUCUCAGCAACACCACAAAUUCUCGAAACACAAUCGGCCGUCCAACAUGGCAAUGGACGAAGUCGACCGCGAGAUCGCGGCCGCCGAGCGCGCCGCCUCCCCCGAACGCUACCACGGCCGUGAGAGCCACGAGAUCGAGCGCGUCCUCUCCGCAUCCUCUUCAUCCUCUGCGUCCUCCGUCUCCACCGGCCGCCGUCCGUUCUCUCGCACCGGCACUGGUAUCAGCCGUGUCUCGACUCAGAAUGACCUCGAAAGACACCCCACGGCCCUGAGCCGCAUCGCGACGGCCCGUAGUCAGCACUCUAACACCGUCGGCCGCAGCAUCAAGAGCAAGCAGUCCAACAGGCCGCUCCCGCAAAUGGGCGCCGGCAAGCCGUAUCCGCCGCCGUUGCCGGAACAGGAGGAGUACGUUGUGGAAUUCGACGGGCCCAACGACCCCCUGCACGCGCAGAACUGGCCGUUGAAGAAGAAGUUACUUACAGCCGCAAUGCUUGGCUUCACCACGAUGACAGCCGCAUUCUGCAGCAGUAUCUUCUCCGCGGCAACCCAGGUUAUUGCGAUUGAGUAUGGCGUGUCGACAACUGUCGGCACGCUUGGUGUGUCCUUCUACGUCUUGGGCUUCGCCUUUGGACCUAGUUUGUGGGCGCCGCUUUCUGAGCUGAAGGGCAGAAGACUGCCUCUGGUCCUCGCAAUGUUUGGCUUCUCCGUGUUCUCUAUUGCUACUGCUACCGCCAAGGAUCUUCAGACCAUUCUCAUCACCCGGUUCUUCGCUGGAUUUUUCGGCGCCUGUCCGUUGGCUGUCGUCGCGGCUGUGUUCUCAGACAUGUUCGACAACCGCAGCCGUGGUAGCGCUAUCACUGUCUUCUCAAUGGCCGUCUUCACCGGUCCGCUGUUGGCUCCCUUCAUUGGUGGCUACAUUGUUGAGUCCCACCUUGGCUGGCGCUGGACUGAGUACCUCGCGGCUAUCAUGGGCUUCUUCGCCUUCGGUCUGGAUUUGCUCUUCCUCGAGGAGACAUACCCGCCUGUUAUCCUGGUCAGCAAGGCUUCUGAGCUGCGCCGUCGCACUCGCAACUGGGGCAUUCACGCCAAGCAGGAGGAAAUCGAGGUCGACUUCAAGGAAUUGGUCAACAAGAACUUCUCUCGUCCCAUGCGCCUCCUCUUCGGAGAGCCCAUCGUCACCGCCUUGUCCGUGUACAUGGCCUUCAUCUACGGACUCCUGUAUCUCUUCCUGACGGCUUACCCCUUCGUCUUCCGCGGCAUUCACGGCUUCAACGCUGGCCAGUCGGGCCUGACAUUUUUCGGCAUGAUUACCGGCCAACUCAUCGCCGGUGUUACUGUCCUCCUUCAGCAACCCUGGUAUCUUCGCAAGCUCAAGGCCAACAACGGCGUUCCCAUUCCCGAGUGGCGUCUGCCCAGCGUCAUCGCUGGCGGCAUCUUCUUUUCAGCCGGUAUCUUCUGGUUCGGAUGGUCCGGCUACCGCGCAGACAUCCACUGGAUCGUCCCCACCCUUAGCGGCCUCUUCACCGGCUUCGGCCUCAUGUCGAUCUUCCUCCAGGCCCUCAACUACUUGGUCGACGCCUAUCUCAUGUUCGCUGCCUCCGCCAUUGCUGGAAACACCUUUCUCCGUUCCCUCUGCGGCGCCGGUUUCCCCCUGUUUGCGAGCUACAUGUUCAACGGCAUGGGAAUCGAGUACGCUUCGACCCUCCUGGGUUGCGUCGCUGUUGUCCUUGCACCUAUUCCAGUCAUCUUCUACAUCUGGGGACACAAGAUCCGCGCCAAGAGCGCGUACGCCCCGACCUUUGCGGCGCCUGCCGACGAGCCCGAGGAGCCCGUUGAGGACCUUACCAACGGAUACGUCAGCCACGAGAACGAGAAGCCGCCUUCCGUCAACGGGCCCUCGAGCAUCCCGAGGACCAGCGGCAACAAGGCCGAGAACGCCGUCUAA